AUGGAUGGGCAUAGUUUAUUUGUGUUAUUAAUAAUCAUUCCUAUUAUUCACACUGAACUUAGAUUUACGAAUAUUAAAUGUGAAACACGAGAUCCAUCAUUCUCAGAUUUUGAGUAUUGCUAUCUGAAAUCGAUUAAUCGCACUUAUAAAUAUUUUUCAUUAAAAGUCAGGUUAUAUAAAAUUCCCGUUACAGUUAUCCAUGUUGGAUUUGCUCUUUCAAAGAAGGAGAGUGGGUAUAAACCAUUUUUGUAUAAUUUUACAAUUGACGGCUGCAAGUAUCUUAAAUCGCCCAAAAAUCGUCUUAUUACUUUUUUUUACGAAAUUUUUAAGGUUUAUUCAAAUAUAAAUCACACUUGUCCAUUUAAUCAUGACAUAAUUGUGGAUAAACUGAAUUCACAGUCCAUGGAUAACUCCUUUACGAGGGUCCUACCGUUUCCAAGUGGUGAUUACAUUAUACAUUCAUCAUGGUAUGCUUAUAAUAUUCUACGUGCGACUGUUAAU